AUGUGAAAGCAGAAGCCUCUGAGCUCAUAUUAGGGAUUUUCCGAUUUAAUUGAACAAUAAAAGAGGGAGGGAAAGAAAUGGCGAUGGUGCUGAUGGGAUUGAGCGUGCAAUUCGUGUUGGAUUUCGUGGUAGCGGGUAUUUCCCUGAUGAUCGGGAUGGGAUUAUUCGCUUUCAUCGCUUCAAUUCUAUGCUCCGCCGCUUUCUUUCAAAACGCCAAGGAGAUUAAUUGAGAUGGGAUGGCUGAAAAGAGAUGAGCUUGCUGCAAUUGAAUAAGGCUGUAGGUUCUCAUCUCAUCAUCCGGUUUAGUUUUCAGUGAGUGCGAAUGGAAGAGUUUUGUAUGUAAAUUAUCACUUGUAUAAAACUGGAUAUCGGCUUUAUGUUAGUACUACAAAAUCCACUUUACAUCAA